AUGUCGGUCAUACGAGAAACGGUGUGUGGCGUCAAUACCCAGUUGGACCGCCGCCAACAGCAGAUUCUCACCCAACAACUUGGCGCCGCUGCUCUUCCUGAUCAGUCUCAAGAACAUAUCGAUCAAUUGCAAGAUGUCAUCCACGCUAUUUCGGUGACUUCAAAAACCCAAGCUCUGUUAUCCCCCAACCGACUGGCAGACUUGCUUUCCGGUCCGGCUCUCUCUCGGCUCCAAUCGAAUCCCAGUAUAUCCGGCAUCUCUGCUGGGAAUACCUCUGACUAUGUAUGGAUAGUAGCGGCGAAGGCUGCCGUCCAGGCAUCAGGGUUGGUCAUGAAUAUUCUUCUGGACCAAACGCUAGAGCUUCACGACGAAGCUUAUUAUUGGGGUUCGAUGUUGGGCUCAGUUUGGUACAGCAGCCUGUAUACAAUUCAGACCUCCCCAAGAAACCUAUUUCGAUGGAGCAAGAAUACAUAUAUGACACAGACCCAAGGAACCUUGUCCAUCACAGACAGGUGGAUUCAGUUCUAUCAGGUUGCCCAACAGAGUGUCUGGAAAUUAGGUGGACACUCCAUACGCGAUCAUUUGCUGGCUCCCAUCAGGUCGUCACGCGCGGAGAUGCGGCAAAAAAGAGACUUGGUACUUGCGAUGAAGGACCUUCACACGAGCAGCCUAGGUCUUCUGAUGGAGGGGUGGCAUUCAUUCGAGGCCGAUGACUCGACUGCGAGUGCCACCUAUGUGGACCUGGGCCAGCAGUGGCGCGACGAAGUAUACAAGACAGUGGCUCUGAUUGAGGCAGUUUGUGAUCAGAUAAGGCUUGAACCUAGUAUGCAAGCCUUGGAGGAAGGUGUCUCUACAACCCUGGAGAGAGAGACAGAUGGCAUGCAGAUUCAAGGGCAAAAUGAACGCCGUAUCUUACAGCCCCUCCACUUAAUUGAACGACUUGUGCAUGUGCUCCGACAGAAGUUGCCGCAACAUACAACCUCGAUGUCAAUGUUUGUUCAUCACCAUGGCCGGCCUUCGGGUAUAAUCCGCUACUGGUUACCAGUUUCAGCUGCCAUCCUAUCCGGCAGUGUGUCGAUAAGGUUUCUGUCCAAUAAAAAAGAAGAUCUCAUUCAGGGGAUCAUGGACAUUGGUGCCACAACCAUUGACUUUUGGGGCAACUGGGUUGUGCACCCCAUUCGAAAGCUCAUCGGGACGAUUAGGCAUGAUGAAAAGAGCGAAAUUGCGAUUAUGAGCAAAAAUAGUCUACUCGCUGACCGGGCCAGCUUGGAAAGGAUGGUGGUUGAUUUUGUUCGAGAUCGCCCGGAUCUGCACGAAGGAGUGGCAGACACCACCGCCAUCGUGAAUUCAGUCAAAGAGGGCGACUUGACCCCCGUUCUGAAAGCGUACGAAAGAGACCUACGGUCACCACUGGUUGGAACCGUUCGGGGUGAUCUUAUUCGUGCUCUUUUGAUUCAAAUCCAGAAAACCAAGGUUGAUGUGGAAAUUGCCAUCAGCGGUAUUGAUGCUCUACUGAAGAGCCAAGAACUGGUCUUUGGAUUCGUUGGAUUGACCCCCGGAAUCUUGGUCUCAUUCGCAGCCCUGAGAUGGCUAGGAAGUCUAUUGGGCAGCCGAAAAGGCAUGCAAAAGGGCAAGCAUCGACAUCAACUUAAGCGUGGAUUGCGGAAUGUGGCUCGAAUCCUGACAUCCUCUGCGAUUUCUGCAAAUGGAACCCUCCCACACAAAGACUCUGGCCAAUUAAUCUGUGAAGCGGAGGCGCUCCUCCAGCAGAUGAAAGCAGUCUCCAGCAGCAUGAAAUAUCAAGAGUUCCGGGAAGACAUUCACGAUCUACUGAAUGUACAGAAUGGAGUUGACAAGCAACUCCGUGUGAUUGAGAGGAUGAGAUGGUCCUACUUCCAAUAA